AUGACUUCCCUUCUCUUCAGAGAAUUCUCGUCGAAGGAUCUUCGAAAUGUAGGAAACUACACCCUCGGACGGUUGAUCGGGAAAGGUUCCUUCGGCAAGGUCUACCUCGCUUCGCAUAAACUCACCAAUGGUUCCAAGGUUGUUCUCAAGUCCUCCAGUAGGGAGGAUACCAACCUGCCGCGCGAGAUCCAUCAUCAUCGCCAGUUUCUCCAUCCGCAUAUCGCCCGCCUAUACGAGGUCAUCGUGACAGAAAAGCUGGUUUGGCUGGUACUCGAGUACUGUCCAGGCGACGAACUCUACAAUUACCUCCUCCGCCACGGCCCCCUUCCGGUUGACAAGGUCAAAAAGAUCUUCACCCAGCUUGUGGGUGCAGUCUCGUACGUUCACAGCAGGUCAUGUGUCCAUCGCGAUCUCAAGUUGGAGAAUAUUCUCCUUGACAAGCACGAGAACGUCAAGCUCUGCGAUUUCGGGUUUACACGAGAGUAUGAGGGCAAGGCAAGCUACCUGCAAACCUUCUGCGGUACGAUAUGUUACAGCGCCCCCGAGAUGCUCCGGGGCGAGAAAUAUGCCGGGGAAAAGGUGGACGUGUGGAGCCUAGGCAUCAUCCUCUAUGCGCUUCUUGCGGGGGAGUUGCCAUUUGACGAGGAUGACGAUCAAGUCACCAAGAAGAGGAUCCUCACCGAGGAGCCCAUCUUCAACAAUAAGUUCCCAGAGGAUGCCAAGUCACUCAUCAACCUACUCUUGUCCAAGCGUCCUCUCAUCCGCCCCAGCCUGGACGACAUCCUGGCGCAUUCCUUUCUGGCAGAGUAUGCUCCGGAACAACUAGCGAUUUUGAAAAUUCCUCGGCCCGCGCCCUUCGCAACGCCCUUAGAGAAGACUACACUACAACGGAUGAAGAGUGCCGGAGUUAAUGUGGAUGAAGUCAUGGGAAGUGUUCUUGCCCAACGGUGUGACGCGCUCGCUGGAUGGUGGGCUCUCCUGAUUGAGAAGGAACAAAGAAAAGAACAGAGGAGAGAGCGUAAGCGCCGGGAACGGGAGGCCGAGGCGAAGAACAUGCGCCGGCUCAGCGCUGCCAGCAGCCGAUUGGAGAAAAUUUCUGCUGCACUCGUCGAGGUGGAUGAAGAGGGACAUGCCUCUGCGGGGGCCUCGCUUCACGAACGAGGGCGGCGGGACAGGCGAAGUCUGCCUUCUCAGCUUGCUGUGCCGGAAUUGCCAAUGCUUCCCGAACCAGUUCCCCUACAGUCUCCUCUUGUUACCACACCCCCACCACCGCCUCCCCCAGUCGAUAAAGACUCGAUUCGCUCAGGCAGCUCAUCCCGACCACGGCCGUUGCCGCCUCCGAAAGAUAACACCAGACGUCGGCCAAGCACGCUGCACGUCAGUGCCUCCCAACCUGAGCUGGCGCAGCACAAUGGUAUCCUCAGACGUCGAACUGGUCGCCGUCAGUACCCGAUCAUCAGUCAAUUGGCAUCGUUGAAACAUUGGUUUGUAGAGUCUGCCAAGAGAGCAAAGUCUCCUCACGGCAAAGUGGCUGGAGGAUCAGGGGGUCAUCGCAAGUUCUUCUCCGACAAGCUGAGCCCUGGAAAGGGCCAAGAAGCUGGAAAGAAAGCACCACAAAACUCACCAACUAUCCCCCUUCCUAGCGAACUAGCGACCCCGACGCAGAUCAAACGCGCAUCUAACGCCAGUAGCGUGGCACCGAGCAACGCUUCCUACUCGAACAACCGUCAUUCGUAUCCGCGACAACCCCGACCAAUAAGCACCAGCUAUCCGAAUCCCCGCAAUUCUCUAUCACCGUCCCCGAUCACGCCGAGAGGUUCCUAUAGACGUUCCUCUGCAGGACUGAGAGGCCGCAAGUCCACCUCUUCCUCCGUUUCCUCUAUUCGAAGCAUCCAUCAUACGCACACUCACUCUAAGGCUUCCUCGAUCUCCUCCAACAGCAUUGGAUCUACGUCAACUCCCACCGCUCGCUCCUCUCGAUCGCCACACACAUCGAUCAAGGUUCUGCCUACGACACCGAGUGCCUCUUCCCGAUUCCCAAGCAACAUACGCCUUGUGCGGAACUCAAACAAUGGGUUCCGUGAACUUCCGGACGGAAGUGGACGUGGGCAAUCGAUGUUCAAUGAAGCGGUGCCGACACCAAUGCUCUAUUCGCCUUCAAGCAGCCUCGUCUUUGCGCGACGAAAAAGAUCCGCGUUCAGAGGUCCAAUGAUUCACACAGCGAAUCUCAUGGUGUCCGGUGGGAUGGCCGCUCCGGAGUUUCCAAAUGAGGGCAUGGCCGUCGAUCAGAUCCCUGUUCCCGCGAAAGCUCGGGCUACAACUCGGAAGAGUCAGAUCAUCGAAGAGGAAGAGGACAUGGAGGAGGAGGAGGAGGAGUUUGAGGAAGUGGAGACCUUUGACAGUCCAGACGAGGACCCUGGCUCGCCGGUGGACUCUGUGGUCAAGUCAGAUGGGGAUUUCAAGGCCCUUGAGAGUGCAACCAACUCAUGCGGUCAAGGACGGAAGCCAGCCCUUGCCCCGGCGCCGAACCUGGACUCGAGCCCGCCUUGUCCUCCGCGGUCAUCCUCGCUGAAAGUGUCCUCAGUGGAGGCAGCCGCUGCACCAACUUCGCAUGACGAGAAAGACAAAACUAUCAUCGCGACAGCCUCCCCGAAGACUGUGAUUUCCUGA